GCCGCGAUGGGUGGCGUAAUAUGGGCAGCAACUCUUGAAGCACGUCGUCGCCCAUGGCGGUCGCAUCAACCUCGGCUACUACGUUCUCAGGAACAGACAGCAGGUGCGGCAGCAGGACGCCGAGUUCACCUUGCUCAAGAAGAGGUCGAGCUUCACCGAUGAGCUGCCAUUCACUUUGCUUAUUCACACGAAGAUACUGAGGGAAUACCACGUCCUCCAAAACUGCCGCUCCAGCCUGGACAAGUUUGGCAGGUCAGUGAACUGCAUGAGUGAAUCAGACAUCGCGAGGCAAGCC